AUGAUAUUGGGGGCGUUGCCAACCCUCGCGCAGUUGCUGUUUCCUGACCUGCGCACUGACGAUGCCCCCCCGUCACCACCGCCAAUGCUGCUGCCAAGGUUUCCUAUCAUGGCGGGGCUCAGGGCGGUGAGGGGCUUGUUACAGUCUACCGGGCAGCUGGCCGGGAUCGUGGUCAGGUACACACGGGACGGGCCGGUGCCACCUCCCAGCGUUGCUAGACAGGCCGGCGGUCCCACUCUGAGGGAGUUUCUCCGGACGGUGCCGGAGGAUGGUGCGCGGAGCGGGCGGGGAGAGGAGGAGCCGCCGGCGCCCUACCUGACUGGGCCCGGAGUGUCUGUCAGCGGGAGGAGAGUGUAUUUUGAAACCUAUGGGUGCCAAAUGAAUGUUAGUGACACAGAAAUUGCUUGGUCCAUCCUCCAGAAAAAUGGUUAUGUGAAAAGUAACAGCUGUACAGAGGCAGAUGUGAUCUUACUAGUAACAUGUUCAAUCAGGGAGAAGGCAGAGCAAACAAUCUGGAACAGGCUAAAGCAGCUUGCAUCUCUGAAAUCCAAGCGGACAACAUCUCAAGUUCCACUUAAAAUAGGAAUUUUAGGAUGCAUGGCUGAGAGACUUAAAGAGGAGAUCCUGGAAAAAGAAAGACUUGUCGAUGUACUUGCUGGACCAGAUUCCUACCGUGAUCUUCCUAGACUGCUAACUGUGGCUGAAUCAGGCCAAAAGGCUGUGAAUGUUUUAUUGUCACUGGAUGAAACCUAUGCAGAUGUCAUGCCAGUUCAAGUCGAUGCCAAGACAAAAUCUGCAUUUAUCUCCGUCAUGCGUGGAUGCAACAACAUGUGUAGCUAUUGCAUUGUUCCUUUUACCCGUGGACGGGAACGAAGCAGACCAAUUUCCUCAAUCUUAAAAGAAGCCAAAAUGCUUUCAGAUCAGGGAGUGAAGGAGAUUACGUUACUAGGACAGAAUGUGAACAGUUAUUGCGAUGCAUCAGAGGUUUCGUUUCCUAUGAAGGAACCCACACGUCUGAGCCGCGGAUUUAAUACCAUAUAUAGGAAUAAACUUGGAGGCUUACGUUUUGCUGAUUUAUUAGAUCAGGUCUCGAGAAUCGAUCCUGAAAUGAGAAUCCGUUUCACAUCUCCUCACCCCAAGGAUUUCCCAGAUGAGGUUUUACACCUUAUCCAGGAAAGAGCCAACAUUUGCAAACACAUCCAUUUGCCUGCGCAGAGUGGAAGUACUGCUGUUCUUAAAGCUAUGAGACGAGGGUAUACAAGAGAAGCAUACUUAGAACUUGUUGAACAUAUACGCAGGGUCAUUCCAGGUGUGAGUUUAAGUAGUGACUUCAUUGCUGGAUUUUGUGAGGAGACUGAGAACGAUCAUCUGCAGACCAUUUCUCUUCUUAAAGAAGUGAGAUAUAACAUAGGAUAUCUUUUUGCUUACAGCAUGAGAAAGAAGACGCAAUCCUAUCAUAGACUACAGGACAGCGUUCCUGCAGUUGUGAAACAACGUCGUUUGGAAGAACUCAUCACUGUCUUCCGAGAGGAGGCAACUAAACUCAACUCUGAGCUUGUUGGAAGUGAGCAACUUGUAUUAGUGGAAGGGGCUAGUAAGCGAUCUAAGAUGGAAUUGUGUGGAAGAAGUGAUGGUAAUAUUAAAGUAAAUUUUCCUUGUGUGGAGGUACCUUGUAAUUGGUCAUCUGGAAUGCUUGUUCCUAUUAGACCUGGAGACUAUGUCUCAGUGCAAAUAACAUCGGCCAGCUCUCAGAGUUUAAAGGGUACCCCAAUCUGUCAUACAACAUUGAAUAAUUCAUCAAAGAUGACAUCAAACAAACUGCAAACUGUCAGUAAUGGACAAUAACAUAGACCUGGGAUUGGAGAUGUGCUGAAAGAUCAUUUGAAGAAAGUAUCGUGGUUAAGCAUCUGAAUUAGAAGUUUUAUUGAAAAUUGCAAAGUUAGGACUUGUCUUCUGUGGUGAAAGAAUACAUAGUACAUACCAUUUGGAGUUCAGACAUAACCAGUGCAUGUGUGUUUUUUCUUAAACUUCUGAUCCUGAUGAUGAGUUGAAAACUGCAGUGUCAUUUUAGAAUGUCAGAUGCUUGCUAUUAUAGUAUGAAAAUAUUGGCAUGGAGGAAAUGUAAUGUUCUGUCAAUGAGAGAGUAAUUGUAAAAGUGAAUAAUUGUAAAAGUGUAAGAUGAAUAAUUGUUAAAGUGUUGCACAUGUAUUUUGCGAUAAAGAAAGUUUUCAAA